AUGUCGCCCCUCAUGACCGAUACUCGCGUAGGCGAGCUGCCCGUAGAUGAGCUCUUGGAGAGACUGACGGUGGACGAAAAGGUGGCUCUUCUUGCAGGAAUGGACUUUUGGCAUACGACUCCAUUACCCCAUCACAGCGUACCCUCCAUACGCGUUUCCGACGGACCGAACGGCGUGCGCGGCACGAAAUUCUUCGACAGUGUUCCCUCGUCAUGCUUGCCAUGUGGGACAGCAUUAGGCGCGACGUUCGAUGCAGACUUGUUGGCUGAACUUGGUCAUCUGCAAGGUCAAGAGGCAAAGGCGAAGGGCGCUCACUGCGUGCUCGGCCCUACACUCAAUAUCCAGAGAGGUCCCCUCGGUGGACGUGGCUUCGAGUCUUUCUCUGAAGACCCAUUGCUCUCUGGUAUCCUGUCUGGAUACUACGUCAAGGGUCUGCAGGAGGAGAACAUUGCAGCUACGUUGAAGCAUUUCGUGUGCAAUGAUAUGGAACAUGAGCGCAUGGCUGUCAAUGUCAUCAUCACGGACCGUGCCAUGAGGGAGAUUUACUUGAUGCCUUUCAUGCUUGCUAUUAGUAUAGGGAACCCUCGUGCUAUCAUGACGGCGUACAAUAAGGUCAACGGCACUCAUGUCUCGGAGAGUAAGGAGAUUUUGCAAAAGAUCCUUCGUGAUGAGUGGAAGUUUGAUGGUCUUGUUAUGAGCGACUGGUUCGGUACGUACAGUACAACAGGUUCUAUUCAUGCUGGCCUUGACCUGGAAAUGCCUGGCCCAACACGCUGGAGAGGCACAGUCUUGUCCCACGCCAUCAUGUCAAACAAGGUCAAUGAACAGCAACUUGAUGAUCGCGUGCGCAAUGUUCUCAAUCUCGUCAAUUACUCUCUCGCUUCUGGUGUGCCUGAAAACGCACCCGAGAAACGACUCAACCGGCCCGAAGACGAAGCACUUUUGCGAAGAGCAGCCUCAGAGUCUAUCGUGCUUCUCAAGAAUAAUGAUAAUGUCUUGCCCUUUGCCAAGUUCAAGAAUACUGCUGUCAUCGGGCCUAACGCAAAGAUUGCCCGCUACUGCGGUGGAGGUAGCGCGUCCCUCCUUCCAUACUACAGCGUUUCACCCUACGAUGGUAUCGCGAAUCAAUGUGAGAAGGUAGUAUUUUCACAAGGUGCUCAAGACCACCAGAUGCUACCCCAGAUGGGUGAUGUGCUUAGGACUGAAGAUGGCCAGCGAGGCUUCUCUUGGAGAGCCUACAAUGAGCCUGCAUCAGUCAAGGGCAGAGUACCUUUUGAUGAGCGUGUUCUUGUUGACUCAAACUGUUUCUUCUUGGAUUAUGAACAUCCAGACUUGGCCCCAGUCUGGUACUCUCGGGCAGAAGGAAUCUUUACGCCUGACGAGAGCGGCCUCUACGACUUUGGACUGGAAGUGGAAGGAACAGGCAAACUUUACAUUGACGAUGCAUUGUUGAUUAGCAACGUUGAGAAUCAAAAGCCUGGCGAGACGCUCUUCGGCUCUGGCACUGUGGAAGAAAAGGGAAGCGUUGAGCUGGUGGCUGGAAAAGACUACAAAGUCCGCGUGGAAUGGGGCUGUUUCAAAACUAGCAAGCUACCACCUUGUGGACCUGUUGGUGGCCGACACGGAGGGUUACGAUUUGGUGCCUGUAGAAGAAUGGACCCUGCACAGGCCCUUGAAGACGCCGUCCAAGUAGCCAAGUCUGUGGACCAGGUCGUUCUGGUCGUGGGCCUGAAUGGUGAGUUGGAGUCCGAGGGCACAGAUCGUCCUACUAUGGAUAUGACUGCACGUACCAACGCUCUCAUCUCCAAGGUCCUUGCAGCGAACCCCAAUACUGCUGUCGUAGUCCAGUCAGGUACUCCUGUCGGUAUGCCUUGGAUUGACGAAGCUAAGGCAGUUUGCCAUGCUUGGUAUGGUGGUAACGAGACAGGAAAUGCCAUCGCAGAUGUGUUGUUUGGUGAUGUCAACCCGGCUGGCAAACUUCCCUUGACAAUACCCCGUCGUGUUCAAGACAACCCUACAUACUUAAACUACCGCAGCGAUUCAGGUCGCGUCCUCUAUGGUGAAGACGUAUAUGUAGGAUAUCGGUGCUACGAGAAGCUUGACAACAAGCCGCUCUACGCUUUCGGCCAUGGCCUAUCAUACACUAGCUUCUCGCUCCAGGAUCUGUCCGUGCAGGUUGAUGACAACGUUUGCAAAGUUACGCUUUGGGUGACCAACACAGGUUCUCGUGCUGGAGCUGAAGUCAUCCAAGUUUACGUUGCACCACCAUCGACGACUGCUGUUGCACGGCCUGUCAAGGAACUGAAAGCGUUCCGCAAAGUUCGCCUCGAGGCUGGGGAAGAGAAGCAUAUUACGAUUGACAUGGAUGCAGUAUUAUCUACAAGCUACUGGCAUGAGGGUCGCGAUAAGUGGUGUAGUGAGAAGGGUCUAUAUGAUGUCCUGGUGGGCAGGAGCAGUGCGGAUACGCCACUACAGGCUUCGUUCGAGGUAACCAGGACGAGUUACUGGACUGGGUUGGCACCUUAG